UUGGACUAGGUUUUAGCCAUCGCAAUCGUUCGCUUCCUCAUUUCUUCCUCGCGAACUCGCGAACGGCCGCGGCGUUCUCCUACUCUUCGGGUCAUUUGGAGUGAGGAUCUUCCUCCACCGCGUGUCCUCCUGCCACCUCUUCGUCUUCCUUCUACCGUCCUGACGACAAGGCUAUUCAGUCGUCAUACGACCUUCUUUCAGGGUUACGUUCCUGCCAGUUUCCCCGCGACUUUGAUUUUUCGUCCUCGACGCGUACCAAUUGCACCCGUAAAGCCAUUUUUUUUUUUUAUAUCGAAGUCAACACAAAACUGUUAUACGUGAUCAUUACGUUUUAAUAAAUGUGCUAUAUUGAAAAUCGUAUGUCGAUGAAUCAGUGAACAAUCGGAGGAACACCAGGAAACGUGAAAAGCCGAAGGGAGGCCUCGAUCUAUCUGCAACUCACUAUUUUUCCAUAUAAUCGAGGCAUCGUAUGUGAGAGAUGCGGAGACGCCUAUGGAUAUUCCUCGCCCUUCUGGCAUGUGUGUCGGGCGAGUAUCUGAUGGGUGGCCAUUUGGACAACAAUGCCGGGUCAAAGGCCCGAACCGGCAAGAUCGAGGGCUCUUCCAUAUCGGAACGUAAGACGCGUCUGGACGACCUUGACCUGGAUCUCGUGGCGGCGGAGAGCACCGUUGCUGCUGUCGCUGGCGUUACCGUCGAGACUCCGAUUGGCGACGACGGUGACGUUCCACGUUACCAUAUUCCGUAUCCUUUCGCCUUCAACGGCGGCAAGCCGUUCUCUUUGGAGAAGGAUCCGAUAACCGGUAAGAUCGACUUCGAGAAGGCACCGCCUGUCAAAGCUCUCAACUAUACCGGUCGUUAUCGCGAGCGAGAGGAUAAAGAGAGCGAAGCCGACGACGAGGGGAGUAGAAACGGCGGCAAGAAGAAUACGGAUUCGAGACAAGAAAAAAUAAUAAACAAGGAUGGCCACGACGUUGGUCCGAACGAGAUUAACACGUACACGCCUAACUUUCACGAUUUCCUAAAUUUGCCCGUCCACUAUUCCUCGGAUAAAUACGGGAACGACAAGUAUCCGUUGAUCUCGAGUUCGUACGCAAACACAAAGGUACAGAGCGGUUCCAACAGUUACAGCACGUACAAUCACAGACCUUAUCAUCCGGAGAAUGAUUUCUAUGUACGUCCCGUUAAGAACACGUAUGCGCCAAUGAUGAAAACGAGCACGCAAAGGAUUACGACUAUCGACGAUUUUAAAGCGAAAUGGACAAGUAUCGCACGUUCAUCGACGACGACGACGACGACGACGACUUCAGCACCACCGAUGGUCAUAACGAAUUCGUCGCGUACUCUGCCUUCUACCUCGACCAAAGCACCUAUUGUAACCACGUGGAAGCCAUCCAGUACUCCGAUUGCAUUUCACUCGAUCGACCGUAUGAGCACAGAGACGGAAAACGAGAAGAAUCUUCUACCGAUAGAGAAGCUGCACGCUUCCGGUCUUGCGGAGUCUCAUCGAAAUCCAACGAACAAUGGAGCGACGGAGAAAGCGCAGCUCGUCACUCGUUAUAAGAAUCAACCAAAUUUCAACAAUAUCGUGUUAUCUCACGCGAGACCUGAAACAAAACCAUCAGAUCAAAAUGAAGAAUAUAAAGAUUCUUAUGAUACUUACGAAUCGUCGGACGACGGCGAUAACGAUAGUGAUAACGAGGAGACUGAUUACUUUUUACCAUUUGGAGAUUUGUUAAAGGAAGACGUUACGUUGGUACCGUCAUCCACGACUCCUUCCAGUACAACGACAUCGACAACGACUGCAAGUACCACCACGGUGGUCACCGCGUCGUCGACAGAAACCACGAUGUCGACUACAGUUACGCCUUUACGAUCUGUAUCUUCGACGCUGCCUACGCUCCAAGAAAAUGUAUUCGCAAACAAACCGUUGCAAUUUCCAGCGAUAUCGCAUCCGGUUGUUUCCUCCUCCUUAAACAACGAUCGAAGACAUGACAUUACGGAACGUUAUGAUGAUAUAAUCGAUCAUGAAUAUAGACCGAAUUAUCCGAUUAUCAAAUCGGAACCGAAUAGAAUGGGAGCAGGAAUCGUGAUAGAGAGCACGAGUAACAUCGUGGUACCGCCGGAUCAGGAUACCGUGUCCUUCGUUCUGGGAAAUCGCCAGAAUGUCGACGGUGGUUACUACUCGGUCGGGACAGCCAUCGGCGAGAAUCCUUACGGUGGCUUACCUGAGUCCGAUGCUUCGUUUUGGCCGCUCCGCAACGAUCCGCAUGGUCCUACGAAGGAGAUCAAACAUGACCAUUCACCCAUUUCCGUCACAGAGCCGAAUCCCGAUCGCGUUACACAGAAAUGGUGGCCACCCAACUCCAGUCCUCUAAAAAGCAGCAAUGAACUCAAUCCGACGAAAUCUCAGAAUCCGUUUGCUACCACAGGCACGGUAAUUCACGAUGCAAAAAACCCAAGCAAAGAAAAUGAUUCCGGCUACAUCGUCUUCCCGGACGAUGAAACGAAGAACAAGAAUACAUUGACAGAGGAGCAUAUCGUAAUCAUAAACGAAGCUGAUGGCAGCAUUCGCGAGUUACCGCCCAAGACGAUGUUGACCACGACGACAAAUGAAACGAUUGUCAAUCCUCCCGCGGACGGUGGAGAUACUGGAGAUCUGCCGCAGCUCGCCGAAGAUUUGAUGCCACCCGCAGAGAGUUCCAGGCCGCCAUCCUAUUAUUAUCAUUAUCAAUUCGAUACGCCGAGACCAGAUCACUCAAGACCGCAGAGAUUACCCUUGCCACCGCACCGUAUCAAACCGCACUCGGGGAUGCCGGUGUCCUCGUUGGACGUAGGAAUUAGGAAACGUCCGUACUCGCCGGACACAAAGCUGCCUAAUAUUCUGCCCCAGUUCCGUCCUAACGCGAAGGCAUCGCACGGUCAUCGCGGCCCGGAUGUGAUAGGGACGAUGCCGGCCGGACAAGGUAUGUCCACGAGAAUCAGACAGCCGUUGACACCAGCUCAUCCCUCGCGAAGACCUCUUCCGCCACCACCCUCGUAUCUUCAGCGUCUGAAUCCACCGCCACCGCCGAUCCACGCGGUCAGAUUGGCCUUCACACCAACUUCGAAGAUGGACAGUGUCGUCCUACCUCACGAAACGGAACCAACGAUACGAAGAUUCCGUCCUCCGCUUGGAGUACCGCCCGUAUCACGAGGAGGUCCGGAGGAGAACGCGCCAUCGAAGAGAUUGUUCGCUCAUGGUAACGGUGGCGGUGACGGCGAGGGCGGGGAGAGCAGAAAGGAGGACCGGAGUAAGAGCGAAAUUACGGACGAACGCGAGAACGAGGGAGAAAGAUAUCCGGAAGAACCGCCGAUGACACCACCGAGACCGCCGCUGUUCCCAAAGCGAAGAACGGCGGAUCCACCGCGUGUCGCGACCCUGCAGAUGAUACAGCAUCAUGGUGAAUUCAGCAACGAGGGCGACGAAGCGCGACUGACGCAACCUGUGGAACCCGUGCUCGCGAAUGAAGCUGAACGUAGAAAAUCGGAUGGCCACGAUCCAUCAGAAGUACCCGAACAACCUGUGUACGUCGUGUAUCCGGUCAAUACCGCGGUUAACAUACAUCCGGACGACUCCAACGAGAAGGACGGUAGCGUCGUCGUCGGUACACGAGGCCCUCAGCGACCGUUGCCGCCCGAUACUCUGUUGCAGAAUGAGCGAGAUGAGACACGCACUGUUUACAACGGUAGACCGGUCGCUCUGGACUUCCCGUACCCAUUAGAACGACCCGAUCCGUCGUCCGUUUUCCCCGCCGUAAAGGAGACACCUGUACUGAUACCGAGUGAUCAACGACAGCAGCAAGCUUCCGCUGCGAUCGUGAACGAGCGAGAAAACGAGAAAAAUGAUGCGGUAAACGUGAUCCCGUACUUGCAGGAUUUCUUACCGUAUCGAAGGAAGAACGAGGCGGCGAUCUCCGUGACGCUACAUCGCACCGCAUCGUUCGCAUCGUCGGCGUCGACUUUAUCCUCGACCGCGUCGACGUCUACCUCGACGCCGAUCGCUUACGUUUACACGCCGACGCACGCGCCGCAUCCGGCACAUCGUCUUGAUGAAGACCUCGACGACGAUGCGGACGCUGUUGCGAGUAUAGACGCGAAACAAACGGUGUUACUGCCUUCGCAGCAGCCAUCCAGUUCUUCCAGUUCGGCACCGGCGCCGCAAAACUUCAUGGCUCCUUUUGUUGCCAGUAUGAGCGCCGAGACGCCUAGCAAAAAUGGCUGGAGCGUCGUAGUUGUCGAGCCGCCCGCAGGGGCGGAAAGGAAAUCGGAUGGCGAUGGCGAUGAGGCGAAACCUGCUGACUCGGAGAACGAUACACAAACAGAGAAGACCGAGUUCGAUGCCGAUAAUUUUAAACCGCAACUCUUCGGUGGUUUCAAGCCGCUCUACGAAUUUCCCACGGAGAAUAUGGAGCGUCAUGAUAUUGUUGAUGCAAACAGCGAGUUAAACAUGCCUAGGCACUCCAAGGAAUUGUCGCCCGUACCUGAUAAAGGAUAACUUGUAAAGGAUACUGGAAACCUCGAUUCUUUUCUCUUGAGUCUUGCUCUUGGACAUUCGCUCAUACUUAUUACUACUCUCCUCGCGUAUAUGUAAACGAAAAUCGGUGAAAGCGAAACGUAUACGCGUGGCAAAGAGAAUAAAGAGCGAAUGUCUUUGCGCGCUGCUCGAUGAAAAGAUACUUCAUGAUAGAACCGUAGAAGACUGUACUUCAUUUUUAUUACGUCUAAUAAGAAUGUCGCGAUAUGAGACGAUAUUUAAUUUAUGGCAGGUAAAUAAUUAGCGUUUGUUAAGCUCUGCCUUGAGAUAGCGUUAACAUCAGUUAAGUAUUGAAAUAAUAAAGAAAAAUAGACAAUAUCGGCACAUAUCGCUAAAUAUGAACAUAUCGAAACGUUGAAUAAAAAUAUUAAUAUUAAUAAUAAAUAUUAAUAUAAGUUUUUUAUGGGCAAUGUUUUUGC